AUGCCUCGCAAGCAGUUGGAGCGCAAGAGGAGAGUGCAUACUCGAUCUCGCAAUGGCUGUGUGACGUGCAAAGCCAAGCAUUUGCGCUGCGACGAACAGAAGCCUCUCUGUGGACGUUGUCUUGCGAGUGGCGGCAACUGUGGAUAUGCCGACCGAACUGCACAAAACUCACAAUCGCCACAACCCAGCGAAGGCCCCAUCACGCCAAAGCUUGAAAAUCUCGAGCUUUGGGAUGAGUGUCUAAGCUUCACAAGCGUAUCGCAACAACCUUUGCUUCCUUAUCCGCAAGGAGCAUCUCACGAUCAUAGUCUAUUGUUCAACAUAUUCUCUCGGUAUCGGAGCGUUGUUGAUAGAGAAGUUGACCCAAACUCGCAUGUGUUCUUGGUAGAGAGAUCCUUGUCGAGCCCGGCGUUGCUUCAUGGAGCUCUCCUCCUGUCAGCAUUGCGAUGGACGUGGUAUUCUGGAGCCAGUGAAGACAUUCAAAAGUCGGUCGCGCAUCACAAGGCCGAAGCAAUCAAUUUCGUAAAUGACCGGCUGCGGAACCCAGCAUUGGUUGAUAACGAUACUACGACCGCUGGCAUUGCGGCUCUUGCCAUGGCAGAGAGCGGUUUUGGUCGUCCGGAUAAUGCCCAUGCUCAUCUUCACGGGUUGUCUCAAGUUUUGGCAUUGCGAACGACCACAUCUCAGGGCAAUGGAGCUUUACUCUACAAUAUGAUUGUCUGCACGACGCAAGGUCUAUCACAAAUGUCCAUGCAAGACGUGUGCCUCAUGCAACAAUCUAUUGCCGAGUGCUCGUCUACUCUCACGCUUUUCAUUGACCCGGAGCUCCAAAGAUUGGCCGAAGAUCCGUCAUCCUGGAAUACGACGCUUGGCGACAUGAUCUCCACCCCAGUGUAUCACGACAUAAUAGACGGCAUCGCUCCACGAUCGGAAGCAGAAAGCCGCGCCCGGUUUCUGCAGUGCUGCUUGCGGGUCGUCACCAUGCUAGGGCCCAACAACCUCGACUUCUUCACCCUCAAUUGGUUCAUUGAGGCGCUAAUCGACGAGCUCUCCAUGAGCGAGACUGCCAUGCUGCGGGGCAACUUUCCGCGCCAAGCAUGGCUCUGGGCUGCCCUGAUGGCCAGGGUCGCCGCCACGAGUGCACGACACCAGAGCCUAUCAGAGGCGCAGCAGGCGGACGAGUGGAAGAAUAUUACGAACCGCAACAUUAGAAUUGCUUCGCAGGCUGCCAACCUCAGGACAUGGGCCGAGGCCGAGACUCUGCUGCGCACUUGGGUCUGGCAGGCGAACCUCUUUGAUGCUGGACCAUUGAAGGAAAUAUGGGAAGCAGCCGUGAUCAGCAGCAGCAGCAGCAGCAGCAGCAGCAGCACUACACAUUUCGACGAUGGCACUGUCUCGCCCAGUUUUUUAGAUAAGCGCCUUUUCUUUGCCGACAACGAAAAAAAGCCCAUAAUCAUGGACGACGAGGCAUUUGAUCUGUGUGUCCCAACUGUCUGGACCUGA